AUGGUGCCUCAAGACUACUCAACCCAGCAUCUGCGAGCAGAUAUAGUCUCUGUUAUUGCCAAUUUCCCAAGCAAUGAGGCGAAAGCCGCAGACGUUGCCUCGCACAUAGCACGCAGAAUCAGCAACGGCGAACUAAGAUUAUUGGAAUUGGUAGUGGGAUUACGGGACUUCAUAACUUCAGGCGAUCACACAGAUAGAAGGGGGGCGUUACACUGUCUCUCGAUAGUUCUGGGCCACUUGCCGAAAACUACACUGUUGAAGAAUGACGUCUCGGUGGUGCUGGAGUUCUAUUUGAGCAAAUUUGACGACAGUUCUUGUUUAGAUCAAGUUCUUCUUGGACUCAGCAAGCUGGUUGGAAUGAAAUGCUUUUAUUCUGGCCAAGCUGGCAGCGUUCUCAACGCGCUCAAGGAUGAAUACCAACCAACGAAGCAUUUAGCAGCGACGAGGUAUCUUGGCUUCCUUAUCUUAGACACACUGUUGGAUAAAUUCCAGAAAAUCAUGCUAGAAAGUCAUUCCCUCAACAACCUUUUCAUCGAGACGUUUCUUUCGAUCGCUACAGGAGAGAAGGAUCCCAGGAAUCUACUACUCUCUUUCAAUCUCAACACAAAAGUAAGCACAGCUCUUAAUGAUAUAGCCAGCUUCAAAGAAGACUUGUUUGACACUUUGUUCUGCUACUUUCCUAUCACUUUUAAACCACCCAAGGACGACCCCUACAAGAUCAGCAACAGUGAUUUGAAAAUAGCGCUACGCAAUGCCAUUUCUGCCAGUCGCUUUUUCGAAGAGGAUGCUUAUGGAAAUUUGAUCGACAAGAUGACCGCAUCGUCACCAAGUGUGAAAAAUGACACAUUGCUGACUCUGAGGUCAUGCAUCAAUAAUUUCGGCGGUGAAGCAUGUUUUCGACAUUGGCUACCAACCUGGAAUGCUAUCAAAUUCGAGGUGAUGCACGGGUCUGACGCUGACGGCGUCGCAACAGAAAGCGUGGCCGCUGAGUUCAACAACUACGCUGACUCGUUAGAAAUCUUGAGGGCCAUCGCAAUUCAGCUUCUAAGCUACAAAGAGAGCGCUUUUGAUACGUUCUAUUCGUAUAUCCUUGAUGAACUUAAGCCCAAUUUUGAAAAUGAUAGAGAUCUCAAGCAAAGCUGCGCCAUAUUAUCAACUCUUGCGAAAGCUAAUACCGUUUCUCUCGAGAAAGUUCUGGCAGACGUGCUAGGGUUGAUUUUCCAUGAUGUGGGUGAUCUUGACGUGAACAAACAGAAAGUGAUGAUUCUUAACCUCUCCUUCUUUCUCGGCGCCUACACCGAAGUUUAUAGGGAAAGUAAAGGACGUGUUCGCGAUGAAAGCGGGGAAAGUAAGAUGAUUCAGUACAAAGACGAGAUUUUGAUGUUAUUGGGAAGAGCCUUGAAGGGCAGUUCUAAAGCCGAAGUUGGUCUCAGAACGUUAUCGAUUGUCCAGAUGACAAAACUGUUACAAAUGCCCGAUUAUCUGACCGAAGAAGAAAUCGCUCUAAUAGCGCAGUAUUUCAUCGAGACCAUUCUCACUGAUGACAAUGACAAUGUCUAUUAUGCAUCCCUCGAGGGAUUAAAAGUUACAAGCGAUGUUUCAGAAAAGAUCAUCGUCGAGAUUGCGCUCAAUCAGAUUCUUGUCCUUUUGGCAGACUAUGUUUCGAAUACCAGCGCACUAGUCGAUGGCACAAAUGUUAAUGUAGAAAGGAUUCUGAAUGUUCUACUGGACUUUACGACUUCAAAGCAGCAUCUUGUGACCGAUGCCAUCAUUGGACUGACGAAGUCUUUACUAAAAGCGUCAACCACCAAUGGUGGCGAUAGUGAUAAUUGUUUCAAGCUUUUGUCUGCAUUGUACUCACUCUUUGAUUUUAACAAAAGUGUCAUAACGGAAAUGGUUGCUAGUAGGUUCAAGACGGAGAUUGAAGAAGAGCUAUUGGCGGCAGCAUUGGGCAAGCCAAUAUUCGACGAUGAUCACAAUUUGACGUUAAUUUCGUCAGUACUCUUUUACAUCAAUACCUAUGCUCCAAGAUCGAAGCAUCAGACCGAGUUAGACAAAUAUCUGCACAUUUUCGUUGAAGAAUAUCAGGUUUUGGAAAAGUCCACUCGCUCUGUAAUUAUUUUAACAAAGUUGCUGUCCGCGUUCGACAAGGACUGCACUUUGGCUGCAGAAGAUCUGGCGUCUCGCUGUAUCAAACUACUUUCUACCUCUGGGGCUCAAUCCACAUAUUACGAGAAAGUGUCUUACUUAGAGUUAUUAGCUGUUUUAUCAAACAAAUGGUGCGGCGACAGCUUUUUGCAAGACGUUUUUGACGUUGAAGACGGUAGCAUAAUUCAUCUAGAGAUAACAGCAUGGUGUACCAAGGGUCUGGUAAUGAAAAACUCGGGUUUGGCGGUGGAGGUCAUCAACAAGUUUGUAGAGCUACUGUCAGAUAAAGUGAAGGGAUCAAAAAUAGCCAAUCUCUUCGAAUUGUUUCCCACAGAUAUACCAACUCUUGAAAAAAUCAAGGGCGUAUCGUGGAAUAACAGCGUGAGAGUGCUGUACAAGCAGAAGCUCUUCGGCGAUGUGGCACCCCGUCUUGUUUCUGCUUUUGGAGCAAACGAUGAUAUGUCCGUAAAGGCCAACUACUUAAUGGCCCUUUCGUGCAUAUUGAAGAACACUCCAAACAAAAUUACUAUCAGUUACAUUCCGAAGCUUCUUGCGCUACUAUUGCAAGCUGUCAAGCUGGAUAACAGCGAUGUGGUGUUCUCUGCUUUGAGUACAAUCAAGGGGACUGUCGACCAAGCGCCGCAACUGGUUACGGAACACGUUCAUAGCCUCAUUCCGUUAAUGCUCGAUUUAGCCAGUCCUGCCAAACGCAACACAUACAUGGUUAGAUUGACAGCGAUCGAGAUUUUGCUCAAAUUUACAGAGCAUGUUCCGCUGAAUUACUUGUUGCCUUUCAAGGAUGACGUGCUUAUCAGAUUGGCGGUGGCCCUCGAUGACAAGAAAAGAAGGGUACGCAAGGUGUGUAUCGACACGAGACAGGCGUAUUUUGAACUGGGACAAGUGCCUUUCGAUUAA